CUGAACGGAGGAAUUUAUAGGAGAAACAGCCGCAUUAAAAAUAUUUGAAACGACGAUAAAAAAUACAUUCCUCUGCCAAAUGGUUGUUGGCGUGUUUUCUCUGUCUUUUUUCAACAAUUAAUUUUCUGAAGACGCCAAGACGACAUGUCAGGAUAUAUCCUGUAUAUAAAAGAUACCACAAAUUAACAAGAAAUUCACACAUAUUUCCAUUCUAAAAUGUUUGUAACAAGCACAGUUUGUUUCUUGGUGUUUAUGUACGUAACCUCAGUUGCGUGCAGGGCUGACCGGGAACCAGAGUGCUCCCGGUUCCAUUACGAGGAACAACUCCUUGAAAAGAUGGUCCGGAUGGAAUUUAACGUGGAGCGCCUACAGCAACAACUUGACAGUAUGUCGGAGGUAGUCGCAAAAUUGGAAGGUAUAAGAAAACAGCUAACAGACAGUACCCGAUUAACGGAGGAAGUGAAAGAUCAAGUUGGAUCCGUGUAUACCCGCUGGGGCCGAGAUUCAUGUCCUACAGGGGCUACGUUCAUCUAUGACGGAUUAGUGGCAGGUUCCCAUUAUACUCACACAGGAAGUGGCGUGAACUAUCUAUGUCUAUCCAAGGAACCAAUCUGGGCUAACGGAAGUCCAACGGCAUCUAACGUUGGUAUAAUACAUGGUUCAGAAUACGAGACCAAGUCGGCAAAUAUCUGGACGAAUCUCCAUGACAACGAUGUUCCUUGUGCAGCGUGUAGAUCCAGAGGAGCGACCAUGAUGAUCCCAGGAAGGAAUAUUUGCUACGAAGGGUGGAAACUUGAGUACUACGGAUACCUGAUGACAUCGUAUCAAAGUCACGCCGGCAGCAAAGAAUUUAUCUGCGUAGAUUCAGAGGCGACGGUUGCAGAAGGGAGCAAUUCUGGCGACCAGAACGGAGCCUUGCUGUAUUUUGUGAAGGCUGUGUGCGGUGCACUGAAGUGUCCACCGUACGACGGAAAUAAACUCAUCACGUGUGCGGUCUGUUCUCAAACUAAAUAAUCAAUACGGAGGACAUAAAACAAAAUACGAUUAUGUCAAUAUUGUUCGGUUUUAUAUGGAAAUCAUAGUCGAAUAUUGCCCCUAAAUAUAAUUGGCGUUAAUUUUACAAUUAUAAAGACAUGUUAAUAAACGCAUUUAUUGCUGUAACAAGUGGAAUGAACAAUUAUCAAACUUCAAUAUACUACUUGACAUGUAAAUGUGUCAUGUCGCAAACCAUUAUUAAUGAACAAAAAGAUGUGUACCGGUUAAAAAUAUUAUACCUUCAAAACCAAACAA